AUGUGCACUGGUGUGACUUGGGCUUCACAGCCCUGUGUGGCGGCGGCUCUCGCCCCGCACUUCGACUUGUGCGGAUGUGCAUUGUGCUCAAACCAGAGGCGGCUCUCGCCCGGCGCCUGCUCGCCCCCGUCGCGCAUCGCCCCCCCCCCCCACCCCCCCGCACUGCUCUCCCCCAACUGGUUCAUCACCCUCCUCGCCCGCCCCCUCCUGCAUGCAUGCCUCCCCGCUGCCCUCUUCUCUUCUCACGAACAUCACCGUGCCUACCUUCAGAACCUCCCAGCAUCUGCUUUCUCUGUAACUGUGUUCUUCUCAUCCCCACCCCUGCCUCGUCCCACCCCUCGUCCCAUCACAGAGACGUCUGAAAGAGACCCUGUGGCCCGCCGCCUGCUGGCCUCCUCGCGCCACAACUCCCCCGCGGUCGUCUCCCCCGACUGGUUCAUCGCCCUCCUCGCCCGCCCCUCCUGUAUGCGAGCCUCCCCGCUUCCCCACGUGCUAUUCGACACUGAGCCAGCUGUCGUCGCCUCAUUGGCCGACGUUCGCAGCAGGCAGAGGGGAUUGAGGGUACCAGUGAAGCAGCAGGAGGAUGUGGAGGAGAAGGAGGAAGGGGAGGAGGGGAAAGAAGAGGGGGAGGAGGAGGAAGAAGACGAGGGGGUGGAGGAGGGGCAGGAGGAGGGGAAGGAGGAGAAGGAAGAAGAAGAGGAAGCUGUUGCUGACGAAGAAAGGGCAAUUGGGAAAAGAGAAAGGCGCUUAUCUUUCGAGAACUCGCUUCACACAGUCAAUGCGGGUCGCAGCAAUGGCACUGUUGACGAUGAUGAAGCUGGUGCUGAUUUUGAUGUGCAUGCUGAUUGUGAUGCUGACACAGAUAGUGAGAAAGAUGAUGAUGAUGAGAGUGGUGGUUGGGCGGCCACGGCGCAUGUGCGUCUGGGUGAGAGCAUUGGCCUCUCCAGCUUCACAGAGGAAUCACAGGACAUUGGCGGUGGUGUGGCUGCUGCUCUUGCUACUGGCGCUGGUCGGAAUAUGAGUGCGGCUGAUGGUGCUGCUGCUGCCGGUGGUGGUGUGGCUGGUGGGUUGCGUAAGGGAAAGGCAACGGCUGGUGGUGGAAGGAAUACGGGGUCGACAAGGCAUCAAAAGGGUGUCUCACCUGCCACCUCCCACUUGCUGGCAGCCACUCUUGGAGACUUCCUUGGCGGGCAUUCCUCCAUCCGCCACUCUCCACCAUUGGUUCACCGCACCACUCUUGCACCCUUCCCCCGAACUUUCCCGCAACCCCCGUCCCAACCCCCGUUCUCACACCCCCCUUCCCCGCCAACUUUCCGCCAUUUCGCAUCCCACCGCAACACCACCCUCCGCCAAUCACGGAUCCUCGGCCAGCGCUCUCGCUCCCUCACAUCUGCCCUUGACUAUGCCGAUUUGCUUCCUUCCUGA